GUGUACAUAUAUUUUCGGAAGCAUUUAGUAAAUAAUAUUCGCGAAUAUAUUUGAGUAUUAAUUAAAAAUGACAGCUAAAGUCGAUGACGCCAAACCAACCAAGACGCCUAAGCUUAGCGGCGGACGAAUAACACGUAUGCCCUACAAGAAACUUUACGAUACUGAAAUUGAAGAGAUGAUUAGCGUGCGACGGGCGCUUAAGGUGCACGAUGACGAACUCGUUGACGUAACACCUAAACUAUUGAAAGUGGUGGACAAUAUUAAAGAACGCAAAUAUAAGAUAUUGAAUGAAACGUUAAAAGCCGAUUUAUCUGCAACGGAUUCGUCAACACGCGGCAGCUUGAUGAGCCGACAAAGUGUGGCGAGUCAUUCCAGCGCGAUCAGGUUUAAGUUGGGUGGUCUACGCUUAUCCUUAGAUGAUGUCAUAAAUAAUGUCGGCAGUUUACAAAAUGUCUUCAUAAGCAACGAACAGGAGGAGGAAUCCAUGUUCUAUCUACGACGGAGUGAACAUAAAUAUCCGUUCAUAAAAGUUGUGCUACAGAAAAGCCCCAUAUUUUUACUGUAUGAAGCUGGGAGUUUCACCGUACCGAAAGGUACAAAGCUGGCACAAAAUGUCGAGAUGGAUAAUACAAUUUAUGAUUAUUUGACCAUCGGGCGUGGUAAUGUGCGUAGGCGCAGUGACGCUGAGACCCAAACUAUAGAGGCGAUAAUGAAAACCCGCUAUGUCAACACUUAUUAUCGCAAUCCGGAGGAAAAGGGCACAUACGUGUCCUUAUAUGAGUUGCACGAUACGUAUAAAGGGUUGCCUAAACGCGAUAAGGACGAAACGGGUCGUAAAAAAAUCCAAAGAAUCCAGAAAAUGUACGAUCUAGAGCACAGUGCGGAGCUUGUACAGCUAACGGAGAACUCACGCUUUAAAUUUGCCACCAUGGUUAUGGAAAGAAUUUUAGCGGGUAAUGUGUACCAGAAGAGUCAGCUAAGGUUUCGCAAUUUUUGUCAACCCAGUAAAUCGGAUAGUGUCGCCGAGUAUCGUUACAAACCCGAAAUAAUAUUCACAUUGCAUGCGCCUAAGUUUGGUGCCCAACAAGCGUCGGGCUUAAAUCGUAAGGCUGUCUCAGAUAUUAGCUUUUGUUAUGGCAAUGGCGAUAUUCUAGCUGUAGCCUACGGUCUCUUCUCGUAUUCGGCCUUAAUAACUGUAUCUACGGGCAAUGUAUGCAUUUGGAGCAUUAAAAAUCCACAGCAUCCCGAACGCUGCUAUCGCUAUAAUAUACCAGUGACAUCGGUGGAAUUUUCACCGUUUUUGCCAUUUCUACUAGCUGUCGGCAUGAUGGAUGGUACCGUUGAGGUGCGCAACAUAACCAAACCCAAUGAUCCACCCAUUGCAGUUUCACAACGCAGCACAUCGCUAAAUGGCGAUCCGGUAAUUGCGCUGAGGUGGAUUAAACAGCCGCAGGACAAGCAUGAUACCGAUCCGAUAUUGGCGCUUUCAUCUAACGGUUCUGUCUGGAAGUAUUAUGUCAUACAUAGUCCAUAUCUGUUGGGCUUCAAACAGAUGGUAUUGUAUCGUGUUGAUGGACAACCUGAGGGUUUGCAGCUCAAACAAACUCCGAAAUCCGCUGAACUCUUUGCGAACAGACGUCCAUUGGGGCUGAACAUCACAUUGCAUCCGCAAUUGAGAGAUAUUUACUUUAUGCUCACCGAUGAGGGUUGUGUGUACAAGUGCUCUACCAAUUCGACGCAUACAUACUUAGAUAUUUGGCAGACCCAUGAGGGGGCAGUUAAUUGCAUGGAUUUUUCUCCGUGGUCGCCGAAACUGUUUCUAACUUGUGGCAAUGAUUGGUGCAUUCGAAUCUGGAUGGAUGGAAUCUUAAAACCCCUAAUCACGCUGAAGUACAAAAUGAAGCCAAUUUAUGCGGCUCAAUGGAGCCGAUCACAUUCAACCGUAAUUAUAGCCACCAAUCGUUCCUCACUGGAUGUUUGGGAUAUCCAUCGUAAUAUAUUGGCACCAAUUUCACGCACAAAAUUAAGCAAAUCCUUCAAUACGAUGUUCAAGCAUAGUCUGUGUGGUCGCAGUUUGGCAGUGGGUAAUGAACGCGGUGACGUCUUCAUUUGUUCCUUGGUAAAAAUGCCAUUUCAACCAUACUUUCAAUACGAUGCGUUACGGCGUUCGCUGUUCAAUGCGAUUUCGACAUCUGCCGACUUACUAAUCGAGCUGAAUAAUAUCGGCUUUUUUGGUUAUCCAGGGAAGGGGUUUAAGCCAGAGGAAUGAGCAAAAUUAUUAAAAUCAAUUAAAAUUUUUGGAAAGUGUAUUAAAGUGGAAAAAUUAAUGGGAAAGUAACUGUAAAUUAACUGAGUAUAGGGAGAGUAGAGACGUAAAGGAUAAUGGUAUUAUAAACGGGAGGGAGAACUAUUGUUAGAUAUAUAUAAAUUGGCGAAAUGAUUGUAUUUUCUUAGUAAUAAUCAAUAGCAUA